AUGAUUGACCAAUUCCAGGGUCUAUUGAAGACAGUUGGUGAGGAAGGCCAAGAUGACAUACGUGAUGUUAGGAAUGCUGAAUCCACACAGAACCUAAUUGGAGGCAAUAUUGAUGACAUCAAACAGCAACAAGAGGCUUUCAGGGUAACUGACAGAGAAAAGAGACUAGAAAUUGCUUUCCUCCAAUCUGGCAAGUUCAAAGAAGCGCUUCAGUCUCAGCUUGAGUGGCUGAAUGAGACACAAGACCUCAUAGCCAAUCAGAAGCCUCCAUCUGCUGAUUACAAGGUUGCUAAAGCGCAACUACAAGAACAGAAGAUACUUCAGCGGAUGGUGGAUGACAGAGCCCAAGCUGUGAGCUCCCUCUUAGCAAUGGGAGAGGACAUUGUCAAACAAUCUGAAGGUGCUGAGAAGGACCAAAUUAAGAGCCAGUUAGGUGACUUUGUUAAACAGUGGGAAAGAUGUGAAGCAGGGUGCUGGUGA